GCGCCUUCAGUAUGAUCCACGCGGCCAAACCUCGAGGAUGCGUGUCUGAAAGAAUAUACAUAUUUUGACAGUAACCCUAUCAAAAAUAUUACAAUCGAUAUAAAUUAAUUCUCAUCGACUCUGUGACUGUAGGAAUGCGCCAAGUAACUAUUGUUCCGCGUUCGUUUAAUUUAUACGUAAUUACGUUUUUCAAAGUGAACUGAUUUAUGCCGAUCGUCGAUUCAAAAUCACAAAAAAUUCUUCCAAGAUUUUUGAAACGUGUAUCAUUUAAGGAAAUUUGUACGACUGUGUGAAAAAUUUGAAUCAAUUUGUAAUUUCGGGGUUUAAGUCGCGAAAGUUUAAUGACGAAUCUCCGCGUUCCCAUCUCCCAUUUCCUUUCGAAAAUAUUCGUGUUUCGAGAAACGAUCCUUAUUUCUCAGAAAUGGGAACUCUAGGAAACUGAUCUCGGCUUUUGAAAUAGUUUUAGAAGCUACGAGAUCGCGAUUUGUUUGAUCCUUUAUGCCGUUCUAAAUCUUAAUCUACGAGUAGUUUCUCUUAUAAGGUUAUACACGAGAGCACGAGUAACCAGCGAGUAGUAAUCGAGAAAUAUCGUUAUCGGAGACGAAGAGGAAUCGUUUUCGAAAUUAUCUGCAUACCGGCGAGAACCAGUUCCAAGCAAAACGGGAUAGGAUUUCAGAUUCUCACUGAUCGUUCUAGAUUCUAGAUUACUUGUAAACACAGCGUGGCCACAGAAUCCGCGUGACUCGCACGAGAGGAAAAGAAACGCGUAAUUUGAAUCCAUUAAAAAGAUCUAAAGAUGGAAGGUACUGCGACGACAUCUCGCGGGACAACUUCACGCGCGAAUAGGCAAUAACGAACUACACGCGUUAAAACCGAUACUUUAGUCAAGUAAUUCGAACUGUUAAUGAAUAAAUAGUUUCUAUGAAUAGGUAUAUGUUACAUCCGCGAUUUCGAUUGUUUUUGUAGAAAACUUCGAAGUUCUAGAAGUCGACAUGUUGGAGUUAAACUUGCAACGAUCGGUCGCCACUUGAACACUCACGAUAACCCACUUGAUUCUUAAUGAAACCAUUCAACGAUUCCACUCACAGAUUCAUAUCCUGGUCGAGGAUUCGACCACGCUUUUCUCUAUGAUAAAACGAGAACGGUUCGACUGUCGAUUUUAUUAGUUGGACCUUUACCAAUUUGAAAUUUAAGACGACAUCUUACCACCUCCAAUUCCGAACGCUAACUGCCUGAUGUUGGACACGAGGCGUAAUUGUCGCACAAAUCGUUUCAAUAUAUCGAUUAUCGGGUAUCGUUCGAUUCGGUUAAAGAAUCUCGCGGUGAUUUCCCAGUGCUGUGAAUACCAUGAGUAACAUUGACGUUCGAAUCUUCGUUGGUACAGUGAAAACAUCGAAGAAAAUCACGAUAUCGUGAACGAAGAAUUGUGCCAUGACGAAAGAGAACACGUGCAAGAAGAAAACUGAAGAACUGGAGACGAGAAUUGUAAAGAACUUGCCAAAAAAUAUUCGGCUGGGGUUCACGGGGAAAGCGAGUUGUUGGACACGCGAUCGAGCAUCAGCUAAUAAUGCCGUGAACAAUAAAUCGAUUCCUCCUGGGAGAGCUUGAAACUGUCAUCAUUUGUUCUAGGUAGAGAAGACGAAGGAGCAGGUCAAAUAAAACCUAAAGCACGAUCCCUGAACUCCAAAGUAGCGCAACGGGUCGUAAAGCGAGAUCUGAAGAAUCCAUAAACUGACUGAGCUACGAAAAUCGCCCUCCCGAUAGCGCCGCUCUGCCGACGCCGCUGCCCCCGAAUAAACGUCCACCACCGUCGUGAUCGCGUCUCCCCUUCGUGUUUCCUAGUCCUAAUUCGAUUCGCAAGCAACGCCAAGGACGGCCGCCUUUUCCGAAACGUGUCACGCUAACCUUCGCCAAUUUUCAUGUACACGUAACACGCGUAUAGUAUAGGCGCAGUAAAAUUCUGGCUCAGUUUUAUCUCGUCUCGCAACCGUUCGAAGUGCUGGUGAACGGCGAACCGUGAUUUGAAAGAGUAAUUAUGCGGAAUAGAAGACAAAACGGAGAAUCGCGAGUGAAGAGAAUCGCGAGGCGUUGCUCGUUCGUGGACAAAGUGCCCUAGUUCAAUGAUGAUUCGGUGUCUGUGAGACGUGAUCUGUCGUUUGUCAAAGAACAGGUCGAUGACGUUAGUACAUGACGUACAUGACGAAUGUACACUGAUCAACGAGAUAACCCUCUGUUGAUAAAAUUUGCCGACGACAUGGAGGGAAACCUGACAAGCUCCUGGGCGAGCAACUUAACUGCGAUGCUGUACCAGCUGCCUUGUAACGAUAGCUUCCUUGGAUGCUUCGAGGAGUGUAUGGUUGGCUCAUCAGAAUUCGAUCAUAUGUGCACUGUGGAAAAGGAAACCUUCGCGUCAUCGAUGACACUGUUCUGUAAGCCCUGCGAUUACUCCAACUGCGAUGUGAACGUGUCGUUGGUUCUCAACGGCUUGGAAAACAUCGAGGGUGUCUUUUUGUCCAGGUUACCGAAAUUCAGAGACUGCAAUGAGACGAAUUUCGAUGAUCAGAUUUUGGAAUGCACGCCGGUGGAGAAUGUAACGACAGACAACCUGACGAUCUCUUGUUCGUACAGAACAAAAUUAAGUUCGACGACGAGGGGCCGCCGUUUCGACUGGGGCUUUCUCUUCGUUGCAGUAUUCAUCGUGGCAGGUGGCUUGGGGAACAUAUUGGUCUGCCUGGCUGUGGGACUCGACAGAAGACUGCACAAUGUCACCAAUUACUUCCUUUUGUCUCUCGCCGUGGCCGAUUUACUCGUUAGCCUGUUCGUAAUGCCCUUAGGCGCGAUCCCGGGAUUCUUGGGAUACUGGCCAUUCGGAAUACUCUGGUGUAACGUUUAUGUGACGUGCGACGUGCUAGCCUGUUCCGCGAGCAUAAUGCACAUGUGCUUCAUCUCGCUGGGCCGAUAUCUGGGCAUCCGAAACCCGUUGAGGACACGGCACACGUCCACCAAGCGGAUGGUCAGCUUCAAGAUCGCGGCCGUGUGGUUGCUCGCCAUGUUGGUCUCUAGUUCCAUCACAGUUUUGGGUAUAAUAAAUCCCUUGAAUAUCAUGCCUCGACCAGGGACGUGCGUGAUUAACAACAGAGCGUUCUUCGUGUUCGGUUCUCUGAUCGCCUUUUACAUUCCCAUGAUCGUUAUGGUAGCCACGUAUAUACUGACGGUGCAGCUGCUCAGACAGAAGGCUCGUUUCGUUGCGGAACAUCCUGAACGGGAUCAAUUUCGAAGGCUGGGAGGCAGAUAUUUUUCGACGAAGGCUUCCUCGACUACUUCAACUACGGAAACCAGCACAUCGUCGUCGUCGGCGCGAUACAUGUGGAGAACUUCCGGCGGUGUCGGAAGCGAAAGGGGCAAGGGCGCGAGGUCGAGCAAAUCCCAACCGCAGCUGAAUUUCACCGUGAACGGCGCCAACAACCAGACCGGAAGUACGGCCGGCACGGAACUGAGGUCGAAAGUGGAUCAGGCUACACAAACGCCGGAGAACAUAGCCCGCGAAACAAGGAACUUCACUCUGAGGGCCCUCAAGUUGCAGUUGAACGUCACUCCCAACGCCCUAAAUCUCAGGUUCCUCGCGGGACGAACGAAGAGAAGAUCGUUAGCUGCGAACGCCGUGGCAACGGAACAAAAAGCCAGCAAAGUGUUGGGUCUGGUUUUCUUCACGUUCGUGCUGUGCUGGGCGCCAUUCUUCAUUUUGAAUAUUUUCUUCGCGGCCUGCCCCGAAUGCUCGGUGCCGGUACACGUGGUCGACACGUGUCUGUGGCUCGGUUACGUGUCCUCCACCAUCAAUCCGGUGAUCUACACGAUAUUCAAUAGAACGUUCAGGGCUGCGUUCAUCAGAUUGCUGAAGUGCAAGUGUUCCAGGUCAGCAAGGUCGGCGAGAUAUCGUUCAGUGACGGAAGGUGGACGCAACGCGAUGAGCCUGUGCACCCCGACCGCGCUUCCAUUGGUCAUUAGUCUUCAGGGUACGCCGUUGUUGACGCCGACACCGAAUCCGACGGCCACACCGGCCUCAGGAAGCUCCUACGUGACGAUGAUGCAUCGCACGCCAACGUCCCUUUACCGUGACAGUUUCCAUCAGCAUGAACACGAUCAGAAUUGUUGAGGAGAGCCAAGUGUUGUAAGAAAUGCGAUCGAUGCCACGUGGAACACUCGAACGCCUAUGAUUCUUUUAUCGAGGGAUUUCUUCUUGAUCCGUGCUUUAUAGAAGAAUUUCGUCGGGAUUUGAUGGAAAAUUUUUGACGCGAUCCUGUUUGUCGGAUAAAUUUCUCCGGUAAAACAGUCGUCAACUUGAAACAAUUUUCUAAUUCGAUACCUUCAGAAGGUACGACAGAGUAUCGUAGAAAGAAUAGCAAAAUGUUUUGCCUUUAAACGAGCAAACUCGGAGCAGGCAAUAACGAGAUGAAAUUAAAGGAUAAUACAAGAAAGAAAUGCGAAAGAUUCCCGUCAACUUAAAUAGCGGUAUUCGUUUUGUUUGUUUGAUCGUGAUACAAGCGUUUGAGUGUUUUAUUGUAGUCUCGAAUAAAAGCGUAGUCUCGAAGUGAAGGAAACGUUUAAAUUGACGUCGACAUGGAAUGCUCGACGUUGACGUUGAUAGCUGCACAAUUUUCCCUCGUGUCUUUUCAUGCUCAAUCGUGGUAAAACAGGCUAGCAGAGAAUCGGGUAAUCUUCAAGUACGAAGAAUACAUAUACGUAAAUGUUAUAAAACAUUUUAUUAUUAUUUUCUCCGAACGAUGCGAACAGAUUGGGCCGGGUGUUUCGUCAAGCCAAAAAUUAUAGUUAAGUCGAUACGUGUGUUGUAGCGAAGUAUGGUUCUUUUAACGAAUUACGAGUAAAACUGCAUGGAAUAAAGAAGAAUAGCGGCGUAUCGAUUCCAUUGUAAUGGUAAUGAUCGUAUGAAUACUUUAUUCACUGAUCCUGCGCUAUUUUCUCUUCAAUACACGCCGGCUAAAAUACAGUAUCGUCUGUGAUACCGAUGGAAGGCUUCUUUACUCUGCUGUGCACGUAGAGACUUGUUCGUAGAAAUGUUAUUUAAUUAACGAAAUAAUAGCCACAGAUGUAACACGAUUAAAAAUAGCGUCCUCUUCGUCUGAAAAUCUCGUCGAUUUAAAAUUCACCGUCUGCGAAAUCUACCACUUAGUGAAACUUAAAACAACUUUCACGGAAGGGUCAAUGAAAUUUCCGUAGUUCUCAGCCAGGAAAGAAGUAACAGUAUGAAACAGAGAUGCAAAAAGUCAUUCCUAUUUUACUUUCAUUUGUACUAACUUUUAUUUGACAAAUAAAAAGUAUCCAUUACAAAUAAUUGUAAACUGUAUAUCUUAUAUAAUACACACAUCGUGAUACGAGCGAAUCUUUCUCACUUUUUCAUAUUUUCAUCUUAAUUGUGUACACGCAUCACUCUCUCCCUCUCUGUCUCAACUUUGUUCAAGCCUUCAAUGAUCACAAUUACAAACUUUCUUCCACCGUGUCUUCCCUUGGCAUUCGCACACACAGGCACGCACGCUAAAACACACCAAUUUCUCUCCCUCUCAUGCAUUUCGUGUGUGUAUAUGUAUUUUUAUGUAUGUCUCUGUUUUGUUGCCUGUUUCUCGUGUAAUCCUUAUUACGUAAGUCGGUCUCGGGGCAAUGAGAAAAUAUCCUGCCUCCCUUCCAAAACUGCCGUCGACUCAUUCGUCGAAGUUCGAAACACGUUAACGAUAAGAAUGGAAACUGCCGCGUCACGUGGCAGAAACUGCGAAUGUUUCAAAGCAAAAUGCACGAAAUACUUCCUUGAGAUUCCAAGAAAACCGCAAUUCAACCCCUAAAGCGGUAAAUAUCGAUAGCUCGGUUAUACGAGAGAAAAAUGGAUUGAAUAUAAAUCGGAAUCAACGGCAACAAAUUCGCUGUUGGCAAACGGAAGAGAAGCCUGUAACUAGAACAUUUCUCAUUUUCCCCGACAACCAUGAAAAAGACGGUACAAUCGUGAGUCGAACGAAAAUGCACGCGCUUCUCUGUUCGAGAUCACGCGGACGUGAAAGAUUUCCUUUUCGUGUUUUCUUUCUUAUUUUCUUUUUCAUCUUUCGGAUAAACACGACGUUGUGGGAGUGAACCGUCAGAAAGGGGGCGUGGGGGUAUCGGUAUUUCUUCUUAGACGUAAGAGAAAAGGGCGGCUCCGUGGCGACCGGGGUCGGUCGUUUGAUCGAGAUGCGUUAAAAAAAAUGCCCUUCGUAGCAUCAUCAAAACCCUUUCUCGGGGGCGGUGAUUCCGCUUAUUUCUUCUAUUUCACUUUCGUCACGUGGCUAAGUAUACUAUCAGGGAAUGAAGGAGAGAGAGGGUAAAGGUGCUGAGAGUGUCUCUUCGAGGAAGGGAAAGAGGACGAGUUAGUUCCAGCUUGAGGGCGGCUUUUCGACUUCCUGUUCUUCUCUUUUUUUUUUUUUUAUCUCUUCCUUUUCAUUUGCAAUAAAUCUGUCUUUAAAAUUCACAUGCUUGUUCAAGUUGCAACCCCUAAAAGAGAACAUCCGUGUGUCCCGUCGCUGAUACAACGUAUAAAAGUCUCAGAGGAAACAAGAUGAAAUCGUAGGGCUCGAAGAAGUGUAAAAAGGGACGACGACAUUGGGAUUCGUGGUAAUUUACAAGGAAAUUUCGUUCCUUUGUUUUCUAUAAGACUGUGCAUCGGACGCGCUAUACGGAGAGAUCAUCAUGGUGUUCCCUUUUGGAAGUACGAACCUGACAUUCGAUGUCUAUCAAACCUUUUCAUUUAAACACUGGAUCCACAUACACAUAAUAAAGCUUCUGCCUCGCUCCGUUUGCUCUUCGUCUUUUCACCGACGAUCGUAAGAUACAAAGCGAUCUUAUACGUCGCCAAGAGUGACGUAUAUGUGAUAUAAUAUACAUAUUAUAAUGUAUUCGCCAUUCUUAUAGUUUAACGUUCUCCAAGUUGCCUCUUGUUUCCGUUUAAACGCGUUAUCUAUUACUUUCUAAGACGCAGCAUCGUCGGACUUCGUUGCAAGUUUUCUUUUGAUUCAACAUCUCGUAUUAUAUAGCGAUAUUUCCCAAUGGAGUUGCAUCUCUAAUAGUUUAGCUUAUCACUCUCUAUUAUUAGAAUUCUUACACGCUUAACAGUUAUUAUACCGCAGGGAAAAGAUCACGAACAUUCGUUACGCGCUCGAUCUGUGAAAUUGAUGCAAAAUUACUCUGCUUAAUCUUACGAUUUUACGAUCUUACGAUAGUUAAUAAUAAUUAAGUAUAAUCGUAAUGCAGCAGUAGACAGAUGGCUGUGUGACGAUUGAGGAAAGGGACAUGUUAUCGUUAACGACUUCUUUUCUCUUAUUUUUAAUUUUCCUUUUUUUCUUUUUAUGAUGUAUUAUAUACAAAAAGUAUCCGCGUAUUAUAAUGUUUCUAUCGAGUUCGGUUCUCUCGUCGUUAUCGCUUUUCUUUUUUUUUUUUUUCGUUAAUACGCUCGGCAAUCUCUCCCUUCCUUCGAUUUUACCGAUACAUUUUCUGAAUGUACGAUUUGAAUUUUAACUUGUAAGAUCUUUGAUCUUUCGCUGUCAGAAACCACGAUUCGUCUGGCAAAAUUCGUGAUACUUUUUUAAAAGAAAAAUGAGAAAAAGACAAGACAAGUUUCUCUUGUUUAUACGAGGUUUCUGUAGUAAAACAGCGAAGAACAAAGGGUUCGGAGAACAUGUGCGCUUCGAUAGUGACUUCUGCGGGUAUUAAAAUAAAAAAAAAAAAUAAAAUAAAAUAAAA